AUGUCGCAGCUGUGGGUGAAGCGCGCCAAGGCGGAGGUCUCACGACACUCUCGCCUCCUAGAAACGAUUAAUCGUGUCUUCCCUAUGCCGUUUGAGGAGCGGCGUUCGCGUGUGGGCAUGGUGACGUAUGGUACCUAUCGAUGGUUUCGCUACUUUCCCUUCUUACUUGUCCCAGUCGUGGUGGUUGGGGCCAUUUUGGAAACCCGCGAUAUUCCUCAAGAACACGUUUUUACUUCGCUGCAUUUGUGGCUGGCAGACCACGGCAUGUUUCGGCAUGACACGGUGAAGGCGCUUAACCCGGCUUUUGAGGAUGAGCGACGGGCAAUAGAAUGGAAGGCCAACGAUCGCAAGUGGAGAUUUACAGGCAUUGACAUGCUUUCGGAGAAGGAGUUGAGGGAGUUUGCGGCAAUCAAUAUUCAGCGGCAAAAUCUGUCAUCGUCGCGGUAA